AUGUCGUCCCAAAAAUCACCACUGUCAAAUGGAACAUUAAACGGAUAUUCACAUAAACAGGGAAAAUACAACGAUGAAGCGUCUUACACGUCAUUACAUACGCAUCGACGAUCAAGUGGAUUGUCAAACCAACCACUACUAAAACAUCUACACAACGGAACGUCCGAUUUGCCAUCAAAAAUACAAGUGCAUGCUGAUACGUCAACACAAAGACAACGACCGCUUAACGGUAGACUGAAACCAGUAGACAACCAAAUACAAAAGGACAAUAAAUUGAAUCAAUUUGAAAAUACUUUCCCUGUGAAUCGCCAAGGAACUUCAAUAUUGACAACGCCUAGCUCCUGGGAAAAACGUUUACCUGUUAACGGACAAGGAACUUUAGUUAUCACCAAAAACACUCAGACUCCAUUUCUUCUUUCUGUUGAGGAUGAAAAGGGACAUUACCGAAUUUUUGUGAAAAUUGAAAAAGAUCAAGUUAGUUUCAUAAAAUGCAUUGGAGACAAAGACGAGGUUCUGUCAUCCAUAAGGAAGAAAGGAAGUGGAAUAGAAGACGGAAAGAUUUCAUACUGGUUCAGUUAUGAUAGAGAUAAUUUAGUUCUUAAGUUUGGUAAGGGAUACCUAAUGGAAGAGACCACUAUCCUUGUUCAUGAUUUUUUGCAGGGAAUCAAACCACAGGAAGGAAAGAAAAUAAGAGAGAAUCUGUAUCCAUACUUCAAUGCAGAGGACAAAAAAUUUGUGAGAAAAUACGAACUUCUGGAUUUUGUUAAAUAUGGUAUGUAUGCUAGAUUAAAACUCACAAGUGAAUUCUAUAUAUUGUCUAACAUAUUUCUUAACGAAGAUUGCUAUGGCUGA